UAUAGAAUUCAAGUUCUUCUAGAACCAGAACCGUAAUAGUGUUAUACCGGACAGAAUUUCCCGCAUCCACUCCUUUUCUGCUUUUAUUCUCCACCCUACAGUCAGCAUAAUCUUUGAAUUUUAACAUCGCGAACUUGACCCAGUCACCUGCUGAGAAGCAUUUUAAGUUUAAGAAGAGAGAGUCCAAUAGCUUGUCCUUUUCCGUUGUGAAAGCAGGAGUGGAGGAGUAUAUUUAAAGUUGGAAUUUGCUGCUAAAGAUGGCAGACCCAGAUGUCCUCACCGAGGUUCCUGCAGCAUUGAAGAGGUUAGCCAAGUAUGUGAUCCGGGGAUUUUAUGGCAUUGAGCAUGCCUUGGCCUUGGACAUCUUGAUCCGGAACCCCUGUGUGAAAGAAGAGGAUAUGCUGGAGCUGCUCAAGUUUGAUCGGAAACAACUUCGAUCAGUUUUGAAUAAUUUAAAGGGAGACAAGUUUAUCAAAUGCAGAAUGAGGGUAGAGACUGCUGCUGAUGGGAAAACCACUCGUCAUAACUACUAUUUUAUCAAUUAUCGGACUCUUGUUAAUGUGGUAAAAUAUAAAUUGGAUCACAUGAGGAGGAGGAUUGAGACCGAUGAGAGAGAUUCCACCAACCGGGCUUCCUUCAAAUGUCCUGUCUGUAGUAGUACUUUCACAGACUUAGAAGCUAAUCAGCUCUUUGACCCCAUGACAGGAACUUUCCGCUGUACUUUUUGCCAUACAGAGGUAGAGGAGGAUGAAUCAGCAAUGCCCAAAAAAGAUGCACGCACACUUUUGGCAAGGUUUAAUGAGCAAAUUGAGCCCAUUUAUGCACUGCUUCGGGAGACAGAGGAUGUAAACUUGGCCUAUGAAAUACUUGAGCCAGAACCCACAGAAAUCCCAGCCCUGAAACAGAGCAAGGACCGUGCAGCACCUACUGCUGGAGCUGCUGGCCUGGCAGGUGGGCACCACCGGGAAGCAUGGACCACCAAAGGCCCCUCUUAUGAGGACUUGUACACUCAGAAUGUUGUCAUUAACAUGGAUGACCAGGAAGAUCUUCAUCGAGCCUCACUGGAGGGGAAAUCUGCCAAAGAGAGGCCCAUUUGGUUGAGAGAGAGCACUGUCCAAGGGGCGUAUAGUUCUGAAGAGAUGAAAGAAGGUGGCAUAGAUAUGGAUGCAUUUCAGGAGCGUGAGGAAGGCCGUGCAGGGCCGGAUGAUAAUGAGGAGGUCAUGCGAGCGCUGCUUAUUCAUGAGAAGAAGACUCCUUCUGCCGCAGCUGCUUCAGUGGGGGCGGCCGCUCCUGUGACCACCGCCAAUGGCAGUGACUCAGAGAGUGAGACCAGUGAGUCAGAUGAAGAUUCUCCACCCCGUCCAGCAGCUGUGGCUACGCAUCAUCGGGAAGAGGAUGAGGAGGAUGACGAUGAGUUUGAAGAAGUAGCAGAUGACCCCACUGUCAUGGUGGCUGGCCGUCCAUUCUCCUACAGUGAAGUGAGCCAACGGCCAGAGCUGGUGGCCCAGAUGACACCAGAAGAAAAGGAAGCAUACAUAGCAAUGGGACAACGCAUGUUUGAGGACCUUUUUGAGUGAGCUAUCUCUACCUUUUCCUUCUUUCUCUAAUGCUCAUUUCAAAAUGAAAUUCCCCACCUUUGAAACAAAGUGUUUAAAUAGCUUUCUGUCAUUCUUGAUGUAAAGCACCUGUAACUUUGUGCAAAGAAUAAUGGAGAGAAAGUUUAAUUUCUAUGUCAGAAACUUUCCAGCAAGGUAAGGUAGGUUGGCUAUAAGCAUUCCCUUCCCUUCUAUUACUACAGUAUUAAUAUUUUACUGUAUUUCCUUAUCUAAUCUUUUCCUUUCCUUUUAAAGACAUUUCUCUCUCUUCUGAAAUGAGUGAGGAAAGUCCAUAGUGUAAAUUCUUCCUGUCUGCCUGCAGAAGCCUACUACGAUAGAUUACAAUAAUUCACUGAUCACAUCCUUUUUUAUCAGCUCUAACCAAGCAUUCCGAAUAAUUCCUUAUAUUGCUGCCAGCCAAAGCAACUUGCCAACAGGAAAAAAAACUUCUAAAACUUCCUCAAAAUUUGAGUAUUUGCUCAAAAUUGAGGUUGGAGGUCAAUUUGUAAGGGGAGAUCGGAGUGUGCGUGGACCAGGGAUGGAUAUGCCUGAGUCUCAUGUUUGAACCAGAAUUUGUGUCUUUAAAACUGACCCAACUGGUAGAUUCUGUUGUUUUGUUUCAUCCUUUUUCGUU